UUGCAUUGCAGGAUCCACAAACACAUAGCAUCCAAUCACAGCUCACCAGCUUCAUCCACUGCUUUUUUGGUUUCUCUCCCUUUGGUGGUGCCUUCCCCUUUGAGGAGGAGAGAGUUGCAAAGUUUGUUUUAAGAUUCAUUCUUGCUUUUUCAGCUUCCAUAUAAUUUCCCUCUUUUUCCAUUGGGGGGGCUCCUAUUCCUUUUUUGUGCUUAGUUUUUUUUUUUUUUCUUUUCAAUAUUUUCUUUGCUGCUCAGCAUCAGGGAAAAGGUGGAAUUUUUAUUUUUAAAAAAAAGUUUUGUUUUGUGUUGUUUUCUAAACAAGCUUUUCUUCUUUUUUCUUCUACUACUACUUCCUCUUCCCUCAUAAAUUCAGAGUCUUUCUGCUCUUUCCUAAUUGGGUUUGUACAUUCAUUGUCUUUGGCUGUGCCCCUUUUGCUCCUCCUUAGCUUCUAAUCACUUCCCAAUUGGGGUAAGCGCAAGUUGAAGCUGCAGAAAGAGUUGUCAGUUUUUUCUCUCUCAAAGUUGUCAUUUUUUUUGUGGGCAUUUUUUUUUGCUGUGUCUCAGUUCCUGUUUAGUAUCUGGGAGGGAAGUUCAUUGGGUUUAGAUCUCAUCUCACAAGUGGUUUCUAGGGUUUUUCCUUUUGGACCAAUUAGGUAAUAAUCUUGAACCUCAAUUUGGAGCAUUCUCUUUGAUUUUUUUUUCUUCAACAAAGUGGGUCUUUUGUAGAUUCCUGAGGAGCAUGCCUCCUUUCCUACACAUAAAAAAAGGCUAUUCUGAUUCCUUUUAAAAAAAAAUGCUUGUUGAUUUAUCCUUCAUAGUGUUGUGGUAAAACCUCCACCUCUGCUUCUCACUUACUAUCUCCCUCUCUCUCUUGCCCUGAAUCAGCCCUGCUUCCCAUAAAGUUUGUGCAAUCUUUCAAGUACAAUCCACAAACACAAACACACACACCAAACCAAAACAUCCUGAAUUGGCUGAAAACCUUGUUCUACAUGCUCUCAUAGUUUGUGUGUUUAAUUUGUGUUGUGACUUUUGGUGUGAUGAAGUGGGAAAUGGAGAUCCUCCCUCCUGCAUCACCUUACAUGUACAAUUCCAAUUGGCUUCUUGAUGAUAACAGGACCAACAACACCAAAUGGACCCCUGCAGAGAAUAAGCUGUUUGAGAAUGCUCUUGCCGUGUAUGAUAGGGACACUCCCGAUCGGUGGCACAAGGUGGCCGAGAUGAUACCAGGAAAGACGGUUAUGGAUGUAGUGAAGCAGUACAAGGAAUUGGAAGCAGAUGUUUGUGACAUAGAAGCAGGGUUGAUCCCAAUUCCGGGGUACAGUAGUGGUACCACCACAACCUCACCCUUCACCUUGGAUUGGGUGAACACUAGUCCUGCUUAUGAUGAUGGCUUCAAAGGAAUCACUGCUAAGAGAUCCUCCUCUGGAAGACCCCUUGAGCAGGAAAGGAAGAAAGGUGUGCCAUGGACUGAAGAGGAACAUAAGUUGUUUCUACUGGGGCUGAAGAAGUAUGGCAAAGGUGAUUGGAGAAACAUAUCGCGAAAUUAUGUGAUCACUAGGACGCCAACUCAAGUUGCUAGCCAUGCUCAGAAGUACUUCAUCAGGCAACUAUCAGGAGGCAAGGACAAGAGGAGGGCUAGCAUCCAUGACAUAACAACGGUUAAUCUCACAGAAACCACCAGAACUUCUUCUGAUGAAAGCAAGAGAUCUGCUUCGCCACAAAAUUCCGCAAUGCUCUCACGCCACCAGCAGCUGAAUUCUAAUGCUGCCUCAUCCGGAUUGAAUUUCCAGUGGAGCGAUCAGCCAAAUGCAGGGGUAGCUAUGGCACUCAACCCUGCACAUGAACAAGUCUUCAUGUCCCCUUAUGGCCUUAACUCAUACGGGUUUAAGAUGCAGGGCCAAAAUCUGCACAGAAGUUCUCUUCAUGAGUCUUCUUACUUAGGACCUCAGACACCAAACAUGGUUUUCCAAAUGCAGCCCUCCCAACACUAUUCCCAUGCAUGAGGUGGUGGUGGUUGUUGUUUUGAAUUAUUAUUACUAUUAUUAUUAUUAUUAUUAUUUAUGGCUAGAACCAGUGUCUUUUGCUCAGUUCACUAGUACAGUGUCUGUGCUUUUUACCAUGUUUUAUGUGAAUAUCUUACAUUAGACUGUUAGUUAGUUAUUUCCUUCUUGGAAUAUGAACUUGAAAGGAAGGUGUUGAAAUUUUGUUUCUUCAUCAACCUUAAAACUUAUGAAAGGUGGAAAGCUGUGAGGCAAACUGGUACCAAACUUUGGUUUUUCAAUGUUGUUUAAGAAUAUUGGAUUUCAAGCUAA